AUCCAACCAAGAAAUAGAGUGAGUCACAAACACUCCUUUUGCAGUGAGCUGAGCUCUGCCCACAUUCCAGGGAUGCAGCCCCUUAACUGGUGUAUAAAAAGUCUUUAUGUAGACUGAAAGUUUACACUUCACUCCUCCUUGAACAAGCAUAACUUGGAGUUCAAAGUCCACUGGGAAGCAGCACUCUGAAAGCAACCAUGCUCUUCUCCUCGAUGUGGGCUCUUGCCAUCUUUUACCUUCUGGAGCUAGUGAUUGGGACUCCUGUGCAAAAUGCUGAACGACUUGCAACAAAUAACUCCUCCAUCUGCCUGUUGCCUCCUGAUGAGGGACCCUGCCACGCUCUUCUUCCACGUUAUUACUAUGAUAGAUUCACCCAGACCUGCCAAGAGUUCUCAUGGGGCGGUUGUGAUGGGAAUGAAAACAAUUUCAUGUAUCAGGAGGACUGUGAAAAAACAUGCUGGAAAAUAAAAAAAGUACCGAAAAUCUGUAGAAUGGAGGCUUCAACAGGACCAUGCCGUGGACUUUUUAAAAAAUAUGCUUUCAACUUACUUACAAUGAAGUGUGAGAUUUUUUAUUAUGGCGGCUGCUACGGCAAUGACAAUAGAUUCAGAGAUGAAGCUUCUUGUUUGGAACACUGUGCACCUAAAAGAAAUGCUCCCAGCUUCUGCUAUAGCCCAAAGGAUGAGGGAUCUUGCUCUGCCACUGUUACCCGAUAUUAUUUCAACAUUGAAACUAAAGCCUGUGAAGAAUUUGUAUACACUGGGUGUGGGGGAAACUCUAACAACUUUGUCAAAAUUGAGGACUGCAAUAGUGUAUGCAAACAAGGAAACAAAAAAACGAAGAACAAGGUUCGCAAGUUGAGAGUUCGAAUUGAGUCAUGAAUAAAAUAUGGGCAAUUUAAACGUAAUUCGCAUUAAGCACUGUUUUGGUGUAUUACAUGAACAUCUGUGAUAAGUACGACAAAAAGAGAAUCCCUUUAUAUAAUGGUUUCCUUUAAAACCCGAGAAAGGUCAGCACAGAAACGGAUUUGCUUCUGCACAGCCUAUACAUUUUCAAGGACAUUUCUUUAACAAGGAAACAAUAUAUUUACAUACAUGUAUACUUCUGAUCUUUUACAAUUCUCUUGUGGAAUCCUGUGCCAUUUCUGUGCGAUUUAAGACUGUAACGCAGUUAUGCCGUACAAUGUGAAUAUAUGAAUCUAACAGAAGACCCGAUUCUCUUUAUUUCUCUCAGGUCAGCGGGAUUUGGCAUCAUUUAAUGCCGGAAACUUUAUUUGUACAUCGGGCUAGUCCUAUAAACAUUAUAUAAUAAACCGGUUUCGUUGUGUUGAGGAAAAGUCCAAAAGUGAUAUAUUUUUAUAAGAAAUUAUACAGCAGCAAUAACUAUGUUAAUAUUAACCUGCUGAAUACUGCCUGCCAGUUCAUAGAUAUGCUUUGCUAAUGGACUAAGAACUACGGGAAUACUGUUUAGAAAUGGGGUCAAAAUGUUUUAGGCCGUUGUGCAGGAUUAUAGAAUGAAUUAUCUAUGUUCACCUGCUAACUGAGGCUGAUAUUAGAGUAUGGACUGUAGGUAGAGAUUUUAUACUUCAAUAUCAGAAAUAGGAAGCCAAAUGCACAAUAUUAUCCUUGUUAAACACCAUUAUUUAUGCAGCUCAAAUAUAUUAACACUACGUUUCUGAUUUAUCUACAAAUAAUGGCAUUCAGCCUUUUAAAAUGUAAAUUAUGCUGGGAUACCGAUAAUGUGUCAUCAGUGAAGUUAAACUAGCCAUUUGACGACCAAAUACAUUUUCAGUAAAAAACUAUUUGUGACUAAAUACUGCUUAGUGGUGUGUUCACAAAAUAAUUAAUUGUGAUAACCUGAUAACUGACUUGUAUAAUUAAGGCCAAAAAGCCAUAUUUAAAAAAAAUUCCCAAAAUGUCCAAAAAGUUCCAACUUCUUUAAACUCACCUAAAUCAUGCAAGUCACAAUAUAUACACUGUUUAGUUAGUUUUGCACACAUGAUCUAUGGUUGGCAUAUCAUUAGCAAAAUAAUUUUAUAGACCAGGGAUAGGCAACCUUUGGCACUGAGGAUGAUAUGGACUUUACCUCCCAUGAUGCUUUGCUAGCAUUACGACUGUAAGAGCAUUGUGGGAGAUGUAGUCGAAGGUUGCCUACCACUGUUAUAGACCAUCCGUAACUAGAAAUACUAAUACAGUGUCCUUAAAAAUCUUUAAUUCUAUGGAUAUUUAGGACCAGCACUGAGAACGUUCAAUCGGAAGCUGGUAGGGUUGUUAUUUAUAAACUUAAUUCUUUUAUAGAGUUAAACUUACUGGCACUUCUGAGAUAAACUGUGGACUCUGAGUUUUAAUAUACGUCUGUAUAGAAAGUUGUUGUUUUUUUUAUUUGAAAUUACACCACGAACAGAUACGUAUCCCUUUUUUAUAUGUGUUGCACAUGAUAUUUUAUUAACAUUUUGUGUUGUGAAUAAAGUAAUUGUUUUUUU